AAUUUUCUCUAGGAAAGAUUACUCCCUCUCGAGCCAUUUGAGAGACUCUCUUCCAACAUCCUCCAUGUCUGAAACUGAAGAUGACGCUGUUCUUCCACGUUUUUUCAAGGUUUUCCUCUCAGAAACGUCCUCUGAAUCAAUGCGAAUCCCUGUGUCCUUCAAUGAACAUCUUGAAGAUCCAUUGCCACGGACCGCUAAGCUCCACGGUACCGGAGGAGGAAUUUGGACAGUUGGCUUCACGAAAAGACGCAAACGUGUGUAUUUCACUGAUGGAUGGUCCAAAUUCGCAGAGGACCAUGAUCUCAAAGACGGAGAGUUCUUGACGUUUGUCUACGACGGUUACCACACGUUUGAAGUCAGCGUCUACGAUGGUUUGGGUUGUAAAGAGACAAGAGCUGUGACGGAGGCUGUCGAGCUUUCUGACGCUGAUUCUGAUUCUGAUGAAGAAGAAGAAGAAGAUCCUUCAGUGAAAGGUGAAGAUGACAGUAGCUAUGCUGAAGAUGAAGAAGUUAGUCAGAGUAAUUACACUGUUGACAGCGAAGGGACAGAAUCAGAUUCUUCAGAUAUCUCAGAUUUGGUAGUUACGACUAAUCCAUGGUUUAAAACAAACCUCAAGAACAGGACAUAUGAGCUGCUGAUUCCAGCAAAACUGGCUAGGGAAUACAGGCUUAAAUUUGGUGAGAGCAUCACUUACAUUGAUGAAGAAGGGACCAUGGUAGGGAUCAGAGUGAGAUGGUCAGAUGAUAGGAUUUGUUUCAAAGGAUGGGACAGGAUUUGUAGAAGGAACAGGCUUAAUAAGCAAGAUCAAGUCAUAUGCGAGAUGCUUCAUAACAGGAAGCUAGUUCACACUAUCAAGAUCCACAUCAAACGUGGUUGAGUCUCUCAUCAUCACCCUCUCCAUCACCAUCACCAUUAUCAUGAGUACUAAGGCUUAGUAUCGCUUUUGUCUGUUUCAAGUGUGUUGUAACUGCUUCUCUGCUUUUAUAUUAGUAUUACUUUCUU